AUGGCUCCUCUCCGUCCUCGGUGGAACCCAAUGUCAGCCCUGGGCUUAGAACAGAUUUAUUCUCUCUCACUCUACUGGAAAAGCCAGGAAUACAGCACAUAUUCUCUCAAACUACCAAUGGAUCAAGUUAGCAGCUUGUUUGGGCAAUCUCGUGCAGGCCUGGGAUGGUUGGAGCACCACGCCAUGGCUUGGGUGCCUGAAGCCAUUUCCUCGGACAGUUAUGUUGUUGACAUUGGUCCUCGGGGUGUUCAAGAGGUGCAAGAGGGACUGCAAAGGUUUAAAGAGCUUGAGCUUGAUGGUCACGAAGUCAGCCGUCAUAAUUUCCACCUUCCAACCCUCGAGGCGCAACUGGAGCAAGCCUGCCACGAGGUUCAUCGAGGCCGCGGAUUUGUCAUCCUCAGGGGCCUCGAUCCCCAGCAGUAUUCAGUCGAGGACAACCUGAUGAUCUACCUCGGGAUUGCUGCGUAUAUUGGGGAUCAGAGAGGGUUUCAGGACAAGAAGGGGAACAUGCUGACCCACAUCACAGCCUCCAAAGACUGGAAGACACCCCCUGAGCUCCGUCAUGGUAUUCAUACCACCAAAGGCCUAAGUUGGCACUGUGAUAUCGGAGUCGACAUCCUCGCGCUUCACGUCCGCUCCCUCGCCGAGCAUGGUGGGGACACAUUUAUAGCUUCAUCGCUCACAAUUGUAAAGGAGCUUGAGGCGCUAUACCCACACGUCAUCCAAAGCCUUCAAGAAGCUGCGUGGCCAAUCCAAAUCUCAGGCAAUCCGAUCCCCCGCUACAUUCUGGCGCCACUCCUGCACAUGGACCCUGAGAACAAUCACAUCAUUUUGAGCGUUGACCCUGGGAGACUUGGUGUGCACCCAUCUACGACAAGAACCGAUGGCACUUCGCCAAUUCCGCCCCUCACACCAACUCAGCUCGAGACCCUCCGCAUCCUCAACCAAGUCGCCUCAAAGUAUCGUCUUCGCCUAGACACAAAGGCUGGCGACAUCGUCUUGCUCAACAACUUUGCCCAUUUGCAUGCUCGCGAUGCCUACAGCGAUCCCGGACAAGGCCAAGGACGACAUCUGGUCAGAUUGUACCUGCGUAAUGCAGCACUGGCGCACCCCGUUCCAGAGUCUAUGCGUGUCCCUUGGGAGGCAGCAUUUGGGCCCAGGAAUGGGGAGGGCCGAUAUCCUGUUGCUCCAGCUUUAGAAUACACAGCACCUCGAUACACGGCUGGUUCUGCUGCUUUUCCCCUGGACGACAACGAUGAUGUCAACGGAGACGGCGCCGCAUGAUUCGUUCGUUGCCAAGACGCUCACUGCCACAAUCUCCCUUUGUCAGCCUCAAGUUGGCUUUGAUUUUGAGCAACUUCGAAGGUGAGCUGCUGCCAGCAACACUCUCGCAACCUUAUCCUCAAUCUAACCCGGACUAUCUGCGUUGGCCUUUGGUCAUUUCACAAGCCAACGCUUUUGCACCCAUUUUAGUGCAGGCCUAUCAUUAUGUGGAAUUUCUUUUGGUAGUGGUGGCCAGAAACUUUGUCUCAGAAUGUGGGUAUCUAUGGAGGACAACGCAGUGGCCAAAUAUGUGAGGUUACAGUGAGCCAAAAGUCUAGCCUGAUGGCGAUUGCUAGUUUCAUGAGCCCUAGGAUGUCUCGUCGAGUACUUUUCGAAUGACAAAUGGUCCCCUGUUCAUCACAGCUUUCCGUAAUGUCUCGGCCAUCACAGGCAGUCAAACAUCCGUCAUCAGGUAGGGAUGCGAGCAUGCCAACUGCAUGCAAGCAUAGCCUGAUCACAUCCACACAAAAGUUCAGAAUCCGGAGGGGAAACGCCUCCUGUCAGAACGGGCCGAAGUCUCGGAAAGCAGCUGGUCAAUUGUAUGUGUCCAAGACAUGGAUGGGUACAAGACACCCCACGCUUCAGUGUCCAUAACCCCUAUUACUGGGUGAUUGAUAUGAUGGUGGAUACUGUGAUUGGGGAGCCGAACACGGGCAGGUACCAAAAGAGUCACCAUAAUCUGCAAGCACGGCGGCUGUCAACCAUGAAAUUCCGCCAUAAAAUGUAACAGUGGAUGUCUUAACUGAAGACCUGGUGUCCAUGAAGAGGCUCGAGCUUCUUCUUUCAGAUAUACUUGCAUCAAUGCGGGGGCCUCCAUCCAGGUUAGGCAUGAUGGAACUGAUGUCAGAACUUUGGGGCAGGAGGGCAGCCGCCCUCUUUCGCGGGUCUGGCAGCACUCACCCAUCUUGACUUUGGCUACUGAUCACCCCCAGCCCAUUUUCGGCCGGAUUGGCAUGGCCAUACAACUAGAGAGUGUGUCGGAGGCUGUUUCAAUACCUCAAUGGUCGGUUUACCGAGCAUACCAAUGGUAUGCCUCAUCACAAUCUCCUACGGGUAGUACCGGUUUAUUUUUCAUUGCCUCUCCUUUGAUCAUCUGUCGAAUGAUGCCGCAGUCAGUUAUCAGGAGAAACAGCAUUUGUAACUCCUCUUGCCACGGGUCGUAGACCCGAAUCAAUCGACUGCUUCGGGUAGAAGGUAUUCUGCCGCAUAUAUCCGGGCAUCACACCAUGCUUCGACCAUAUCGAGUAGUGAACACUUCGACAGACGCCCACGGGCUGAUCUCCCAACCGACUGUGUUGUCCG